UAUUAUAAAAUUUCAAAUAAAAGAAUACUAAUAUAUUGAAUUAAAUAAAGUUUUUGUUCAAUACUUCAGUCAAACAGGAACCACCGAUUUUUUAAUGGAAUGAUCUUGAAGGGAAGAGACCCCCGAUUACAGUGUGAAGAAGAAAAGGGGAAACGAUCGGACCACUCGACUCAUUUAUUGACGUGCCUUGAAAACAUAAACGAAAUAUCGACAAAACUGGUUUGAGAAUAAAACGUACCAUUAGAAGCUUUUGCAAAGCUGAAGACUAUCAUAUAGUCCCAAUUCAUUUAGAUUGAUCUGAAAGGAUAACAUUGAAAAAGAAGUUACCUUAGUGCUUAACCUCUCUAAUCAAAUCCCCGUUAAAAAGAAUAUGAUCUAUGGAAAAGAAAAGGGUCAAUGGGAGAUGGAAAUUCAGGAAAGAAUCGAGGCAGACCAUUCACGCAAUAGAUUAUGUUAGUGAAGAAGGGCGGUUUAGGGAUUAUGAUGAAAAGGUUGUGAAAUCAUUAAGAGUUUCAUGCUGGUUGAAUGUUGUUGCUUGUGGCCUCAAAUUAAAUGAUCACAAAAAUGCAAUCAUCUUAUGCUCAAAGGUGUUGGAUGUUGAGUUUUACAAUGUGAAAGCUUUAUACAGAAGGGCACAAGAUUACAUGGAAACUUAUGAUUAUGAAUUGACCGAAGUGGACAUCAAGAAGGCCUUGGAAGCCGAUCCACAAAACAGGGAGGUAAAGUCUAUUCACAACAUUUUAAAGCAACUUGAACCAGAGAGUAACAAAAGAGAUGCUACACUUCAUACAAAUAUGUUUGCCUAAAUGGCUAACGAUUGUUCUAUACAAACUAAGAGAUUAAAGAUUGAGAAAGUGGAGAAGAAUGAGAAGGAUGAAAUGGCUGCUGAUUCAUCUUGAAAUUAUUGUAUUUUGUGUGUGUGUGUGUUAGUUGAUGGGUAUUUUGAUGCUAAAGGUGUUUGUAAAAUUAAAAUUUUUAUUUGAUUACACUCUUGAUUUGCA